AUGGCCACUUCCCCGAAAUUAUUAGAAUUCUUAUCAUGGGCAAAAGAAAAAGGAGUCAUUUCAGAUAUACAAGUACAAGAUAUACCGGAUAAAGGAUUGGGUUUUGUUACAAAGCGUAAUGUUUCUCGAGACAACUCAAUAGUAGCUUAUAUACCUUAUAGCAUAUUACUUAACGCGACAAAGAUUAAUAGAUACGCUAAAGAGAAAGCACCGAAAUUAGAGGAAACGUUUAACGCAUUAAUGGCAUGUCUUGAUGGGACAAGUUUGAAACCUGCGGUAGAUGCGAAAUUUAACAAAUUAAAAAAGGAAUACGAAUCAUUAAGACCGAUAUUUAAUAAAUGGUCAAAGGUAGAAGAUGCUGGAGGACAUGAUGUUGUCACAUUUGAGCAUUUUAGGUGGGCGGAUGGUGUGUUUUGGUCAAGAGUAUUGUCAUUUGGUAGUAGAUUUCAAACGAUUGAUUCAAUUGAAGAGGAUUUGGAUGAUUUCCAUUUAGUACCAUUCCUUGAUUUCGCAAAUCAUUCUUUAACACCUUACGCAAGAUGGGAAAUUGGAGCGGAAGGAGUUGAAUUAAUUCUUACCAAAGAUGAUUCACUUGAACCCAUCACUUCUGAUACGGAAAUUUGUAUUUCUUAUGGUGAUAAACCAAAUUCAGAAUUGUUAUUUGUUCAUGGAUUUACUUUAUCAGACAACCCAUGGUCCGCAAUUUCAUUCCCCGUUCCAUUUUAUGAUGAUGAUGAAUUGGCAAAAGCGAAAUUAAUAUUUAUGCAAUAUCAUGGUAUUAAACAUUUAGUCUCCCUUACGAGGAAAAAAGGUGGUGCAGAAUUAUCUCAUGAUGCGACUAGAGCGAUGUGGAUAUGUGUAUUAUCCGAAGAGGAUGGUGUUAAAUUUAAAAUGAAUCACAAUGAUCCUUCUCAUCCGAUUGAUUUAUUUAUUGGAAAUCAAAUAAUUCCAACGCUUGAUGUCUUUGAUAACGUUAUUAAUAGUAUGGAAAUAUUACCUGUAAUCGAAUUUAGGGUUAUGGAAUCCGUAUUAGAAAACGUUGAAUAUUUAUUAUCCCAUCUUAAACAAACGAAUGAACAAGUAUUAAAAAUGAUGGAACAUGGAAGAAAUUCGCGUGAAUUAGAAUAUGUAAGGAUCUAUAGGGAAGAUGAAUAUAAAUUUUUGGAAUUUGCUGUUGAAGAUUUUACAAGGAAGCGUGAUGCCUUAAUGGUCGAUGACGUUGUUCAACGUUUUACACAAUAA